AUGGCAAAAUUCAAAAAAUUGGUUACUUUGUUCUUCUUUGUUGUUAUACCUAACAUUAUUCAAAUAGAUGCAAAUUUUAUAAAAAGCAUGCGUAUUGAAUGGGGUGCCCAAAAUGCAUUACUUUGGGAUGAUAAUCUCCAACUUUCGUUGGAUAAAAUCACAGGAUCAGGGGCUCGAACAAAGAUACCAUUUUUAUUUGGAAAUAUUGAAUCACGAAUCAAAUUUGUGCCUGGUAAUUCUGCAGGAUCAGUUAUAUCCUACUAUUUAUCUUCCAUAGGAAGUCAACGUGAUGAAAUAGAUUUUGAAUUCUUAGGAAAUGUUUCGGGACAACCUUAUAUUAUUCAUACAAACAUUUACACAGAAGGAAAUGGAAACAGAGAACAACAAUUUUAUCUUUGGUUUGAUCCUACUACUGAUUUUCACAACUAUACUAUUCAUUGGAAUCCCACUGAAAUUGUGUUUUAUAUUGACAGCAUCCCAAUUAGGGUAUACAGAAAUUAUGAAAGAGAUGGCAUUCCAUACCCAAAUAAACAAGGAAUGAGGGUUUACACAAGUAUAUGGAAUGGAGAUAACUGGGCCACUAGUGGUGGACUUGUUAAGAUAGAUUGGAAUUAUGCACCAUUCACUGUCAAAUUUAAUCAUUUUAGAGCAAGGGCUUGCAAGUGGAAAGGAGAUGUGAGUAUUAACGAGUGUGCUUUAAAUAUAGCUGAAAAUUGGUGGACUUCUCCAAUAUACAAACAAUUGAGUCAUGCUCAAAUGGGACAAUUGAAUUGGGUUAGAGAUAAUCAUAUGAUCUAUGAUUAUUGUCAUGAUACUAAUAGAUAUAAUGGACAAAUGCCUCCCGAAUGUUACAAGGCACAAUUCUAA